CAGAGAUUGGGUUAGGGCAGAAUGGAGAGUGGGAUGGGAGCUGCUGUCACCACCCACCACAGUGACUGCCUGAGCCAGGCUGGCUGCAGCAGUGGGAACCCUUCUUGGCAAGGGUUCCAAUGCCACCAAAAGUAUAGGCGGAGAGAAGAAGGGUUUGUACAUUGUGCACACCCUUGUAGCACUUCUUUGUAACGAAGUUGGGCUCAAAGGGACCUGUGGAAGCAGUGCAUGGGAAAACAUACAUAUUUUUUUUCUUUUUUGCCACCCUUCUCUUUUGCGCUUGCACAGGUUUAACUCAGAGGGGUUGAGGUUGAAACCAAAAAAGCAAGUGUCAGAAGACACAGCAUGGUGGUGGCUCUCAGUUUGGCCAACACUGCCCUUCUGUGCCAAAGGGCCAGAACCAGACCUGGCUCUGGAUCUUGCCGUACCAUUUCUGCAGCCCUGCCAGCUUUCCCAUGUUGGUCACAGUGAGCAAGUCAAGACCCACUGCACACCCUCUUAUCAAUAACCAAGCUGGAUGUGUGCCACAUUAAGAUCUGCACUAAUCAUUGAGCAAUUUUGCCUCUAGAACAGAUAUUUAUAAACUACUCUUUCUGUUUAUCCAACCAGGUGGAACAUUUGAUAGCUGUCUUUUACCACAAACACAUUUUUAGCUGGAAAUUACUCCCCCUGGUUAUCUGUGAGUGCUGCCAGAGAUGACAAAUGUCCCUGGGCAGAAGCUGAUUGGCUUUGUGCACCCAGGGCCAACUUUAAAUUUCAGCAAAGUGGGCACAGGCUCCACAGUCUGCCACUGGGACCUGCCUCCAUCGGGAAAAGGAGCAGUCCAAGAUGCAAACAUCCCUUGUCUGUCUGUGCCUGUGCCUGCUCAGCACAGCCCUCGCCACACCUGUGCCACCGCAGCUGCCUGAGAGAGCUGCUGGGAACUGUGUGGGCCAACACCGGAUACUUCUGAAAAGGUGCAAUGCCAAGCAUGGCUUCUACAUUUUCAAAUAUGUCUACUCAUUCUCAACACGGAGGAACCAGACACAGAUAAAGAAAGAAGAGGCUGACCACCAGAGUAUCAUCCCCAGCCACUGGCUGGAUGAGGGCAAUGCCAGGCGGGAGCCACCAGCUGGGUCAGCUGGGACAGCCCCAGAGCACAGUGACAACAGCAGCACUGAAGUAAUUGAGUAUGGGAUUAUCUUCAAUCCUGAAAACCUCAGCACCCCGGGCAUCAGCAGGGACGAUCCCAGUACUCACCCUGGCACUGGCAUGCGAGCACGUGGCAGUGGUGGUGGCAUGGGUCCCACCCCAUCCAGCUCAGAGGGCAGUGGUGAUCUGGAUUUGGUGGUGGAAGCUGAUGGCAGUGUUCCCAUUCUUCCUCAGGGUGAACGCCCCAGUGAGGUUGUGAUGGGGAACAGGUCCAUGGUCAGAAGUGAGAAUAAGGAUGAUGGUGCCCCCAGGGUGGUUCCGGUGGGGGGAGCCAUGACUGCUGGGAGGGGGAGGGCCCCUACUACCAGAGGGGCAGGGGAUGAGGGCAGUGGAGAGGCCACUGUCUCUGGCCAAGGGCAGGAGAGUGUUAAGCAGAGUAUAGGGACAGGAGGCAUUGCUUUGUCCUCUGUCACUGAGAAGAUGGAGGAUGUCCAAGUGGAUGCUGCAGGUGUGGAUGAAUACACUUACGUCCCCGAUUCAGGCAGUGUCACCAUCACCCAUGGGAGCAUGGGCAGCACAGACAGGGCCCACAGCUUCACCCAGGUCUCUCCAGGCAAGGAUGACGAGGUAAACAUCUUCAUUGGGAGGGCCAACAUCCAUGUGGGGGAGCAGGUAACCACCCAGGCUGGUGUCACAGUGAGCAGGGAGAAUGACGACAUCCCCUCUGUGGGAAGCAGCAGGCCCCUCCACAAGCUGGACAUCACUGUGCCACCCAGUGGAGAUGAAGAUGACAGCAAGCCUGCCCGCAGGCAGCCUGAAAGACUGGCCACCACAGCCACCCCAAACCAUGGGAACAGCAUUACCAACAGCCUCAGGAACGGCCGUCUCACUGGAGAGGAUGAGGAAGGUGCCACCACCAUUGGUGUUGAUAGAGGACUGGUAACCCCUGUCCCCUGGAGAGUCACUAGUGGUGACAUUACCAACCCCACAGUGGCCAGCAUCCAUGGGAAAGAUGAUGAUGAGUUGAGAGGAGAGGGGCAGAAGUCCAAGGGGAAGCCAAACCAUGUGGCUACCACGAUCCCCCACCACAGGGGUGACAUGGAGGCCACUAUCACUGUCCCAGCCAAGCGGGCCAGCAUCCACCCAGCUGCUACUGAGGGGGACCUCACCACCCCACCAGUGACAGCCAGCAAUCACAAGGCAGGCAUGGGCACUGUGCUUGGCAGAGGAGGGAGUGGGGAAGUGGGGACAGCCACCUCCACACCGUUCCGUGUGGAGGCACGGCCCGGGGCAGGGAUGAGGGUCCGUCCAGGGGGACCAGGGCUGGACAAGACACCCAGGAUGGACAAAGCACCAUUCCAAAGUGGGAAACCCAGUGGUGGGGUGUUGAGUGGGGCCCAGAGAAGUGUUGGCAGCUAUGAUGGUGACACUGGGGGCAGAUCUCUUGCCACCAAAGGAGGAGCCAGCCCCGCUCCACAGGCAGGGCAAGACAAGGGCAGCAUAGCAGCAGGCAGGGGCUGGGAGUGGGGGCGAGGUGCAGAGAGUGGGACAGGGAUGCUGGGGGCCGGAAGCGGCCGUCUGCCCGGACACCACAGCAGGAGGCUGGGGGCUGGUGUGUCGGGCACCAUUGCAACACUGGGCCGCAGCCGGCAGCUGGACCAGGUGAAACGUGCUGACGAGCUCCACGUCCGCGAGCGAGCCUUUUACAGCCUUGGUGGGGAGGGUGGCAGCCCCCACGGCCCCUACCCUGGCCUCGGGAGUGCCGACAGCAGCCAGUCCUCCGAGGGGGACUGGGGCAGCCACAGCGAGAGUGGACAGACGGGACUGCAGCCCUCAGGGUGGGGAUCCCCAGGGUACUCCCAAGGCCACUGGAUCCAGGGGCCCCUCUGAGGCAUGGCCAGUAUCCACCCCGGUAGGCUCCAGUGGUCCAGUGGUGGAGUUGGGGCGUGACUCACUGUGUUUUCCCCCUUGGCAUCCCCCCUGUGGGCUCUGUUCUUGCCUGAGUGAGGGGCAGGUUGUUGGGGGGCAGACAGUGCUUCACAGCUGAGGAGCCAAAAAUCACUGGUUCAUGCCAUCUGCUGUUAAUCUGGGAGCUGUUAAUCAUGACGCAGCAGCAGGAAUGCAUGGGUGUGCUGUGCUAGACAGCCGGGGAACAGCAGCUAUGCUACAGGGCAUAGGGUAGCGGUGUUUGUGCACUGAUACGAAGCAACUAAAGAAGCAGUGAGAAAAAGCCUCUGUCCUCGCAGUUUCACUUCCAGCCUACUGGAGAAAUAAAGGCAUUUCUGUACCUAUGGA